CGCUCGCAUUCCUCAGUUUGGAUUGAAAAGUAUCAAUUCCUCAGCUGCUUGUUGUUACUUAUAUUUUCUCGUUUGGCUCAGAGUACACCUUUUCAAUCAAAAUGAGUCUUUGGGUAGAUAAAUAUCGUCCCAGCACUCUUGCAAAAUUAGACUUUCACCGUGAACAAGCCGAGCGCUUAGAAAAAAUGGUUGCCAAAGGAAAUUUUCCUCAUUUGCUCAUUUACGGUCCUCCCGGAGCCGGAAAAAAAACUAGGGUGAUGGCCCUUCUUAGGGAACUAUAUGGACCUGGAGUGGAAAAGCUACGCAUGGAACACCAGAAUUUUACUACCCCAUCUAAUAAGAAAAUCGAAGUCAUGACAAUUGCAAGCAACUAUCACAUUGAAAUUAAUCCAAAUGAUGCUGGUAUCUAUGACAGAAUUGUAAUUCAAGAAAUGAUCAAGAACAUUGCUCAAGCACAACAAUUGGAUAUUGGUGGCCAGAGAGAAUUUAAAGUUGUUGUUUUGACCGAAGUUGAUAAACUAACCAAAGAUGCCCAGCAUGCACUGAGAAGAACAAUGGAAAAAUACAUGGCCACCUGCCGAAUCAUCCUUUGUGCCAAUUCUACUUCUAAAAUUAUUGGACCACUCCAAAGCAGAUGUCUUGGAAUAAGAAUUCCAGCUCCCUCUCAUGAAGAUGUCAUUAAAGUUUUGCAGAUGGUAAGCAAAAAAGAAGGAAUUAAUUUACCUGAUGAAUUUGCGAUACGUUUAGCAGAAAAAUCUGAAAGGAAUCUAAGAAGAGCACUACUAAUGUUGGAGGCUUGUAAAGUACAGCAAUAUCCCUUCACCGCUAAGCAAGAAAUAGUCGAGCCCGAUUGGGAAGCGUAUCUUCGAGAAACAGGACAAAAGAUGGUCUCCGAACAAAGCCCAAAAGCCUUAUUAGAAGUGCGAGGAAGAAUCUAUGAACUCUUAUCGCAUUGCAUUGCGCCGGAAAUGAUAAUCAAGAAACUUCUUAGAGAAAUCCUAAAAAAUUGUGAUGGCCAAUUAAAGGCUGAAAUAACUUCUAUGGCUGCAUAUUAUGAACACCGUCUAUGUCUUGGAAGCAAAGUUAUCUUUCACAUUGAGGCGUUCGUUGCAAAAUUCAUGGCUAUCUACAAAAGAUUUUUGGAAGAAAGCUUCGCAAAUAUGAUGUAACACCGAAGUGGUUUACAUUUUGCCUUCACUUAGAAAAAUUUCGAGAUAACGCGGAUUAUACACUUGGGCAUCAAUUCAA